AUGAGUGGGUGCCCGUUUCUAGGAAAGAGUGUGGGAAACUGCAGCUAUACGUUGGAAAAUUUAUCUAUAGAAGGCAAUGAAGAAGACAAAGCACAAAGUGGUGUAAACAGAGCUGGCAGCGGAGGACUGAUCUACGGGAACUACUUGCAGUUGGACAAGAUUUUGAAUGCACAAGAGCUUCAAAGUGAAAUAAAAGGAAAUAAAAUCCACGACGAACACCUUUUUAUUAUAACUCAUCAAGCUUAUGAACUUUGGUUUAAACAAAUCCUCUGGGAACUAGAUUCUGUUCGAGAGAUUUUCCAAAACGGCCACGUCAGGGAUGAGAGGAACAUGCUCAAGGUGAUGACGCGGAUGCACCGUGUGGUGGUCAUCCUCAAGCUCCUGGUUCAGCAGUUCUCUGUGCUGGAGACCAUGACUGCCUUGGACUUCAACGAUUUCAGAGAGUACCUAUCUCCAGCAUCGGGCUUCCAGAGUCUGCAGUUCCGGCUGCUGGAAAAUAAGAUAGGGGUUCUCCAGAGCCUGAGAGUCCCUUACAACAGGAGACACUACCGCGAUAACUUCGGAGGAGACUACAAUGAGCUGCUGCUGAAAUCAGAGCAGGAACAGACACUGCUGCAGCUGGUGGAGGCAUGGCUGGAAAGAACGCCUGGCUUAGAGCCACAUGGAUUUAAUUUCUGGGGAAAGUUUGAAGAAAAUAUCUUGAAAGGCUUGGAAGAGCAAUUCUUAAGGAUUCAGGCUAAAGAAGAGUCUCAAGAAAAAGAGGAACAGAUGGCCGAGUACCGGAAGCAGAAAGAGGUUCUGCUGUGCUUGUUCGAUGAGGAGCAUCAUGAACAUCUAAUGAGAAAAGGUGAACGGCGGCUGUCGUACCGUGCACUCCAGGGAGCUCUGAUGAUAUAUUUUUACAGGGAGGAGCCUCGAUUCCAGGUCCCUUUCCAGCUGCUGACCUCGCUUAUGGACAUAGACACGCUCAUGACCAAAUGGAGAUAUAAUCAUGUGUGCAUGGUGCACAGGAUGCUGGGCACCAAGGCUGGCACUGGGGGAUCCUCAGGCUAUCAUUACCUGCGCUCAACUGUGAGCGACAGGUACAAGGUGUUUGUGGAUUUAUUUAACCUCUCAACAUACCUAGUUCCCAGACACUGGAUACCGAAGAUGAAUCCAAUCAUCCAUAAAUUCCUUUACACAGCAGAGUACAGUGACAGCUCGUACUUCAGCAGCGAAGAAUCGGAUUAAGUUCUUCCAAACAUCUGUGAAGACUACAGGAGUCUCAGUCUGCCUUUUACCUUAUAAAUGUUUAUGAAUAAUACAUGAUUAUUAUGAUGUGUUUGUAUAUGUAGUUCAGUGACAUGCUGUUUUGGUCCAAUCCUGGAAACAAUUUUAUAAUCUUGUGUACUGUGAUGAUGUAAGACUAAGCAGAUUAAGCACUGCGAUGAAAACUAAUUCAGUAAAAAUGUCAGCAGCAUCAUAUAUAGAACGUGUUGCUGUUAAAACUCAAUUUACACUGACACAUCAAUAGAACCAAUUCACCGUCAUUACCUCAUUGUCUCAUUCUUUAUAAAGCUUUUUGAGCAUUUGCUUUAUAUUAUAGAUGCAAAAAAAAUACUGUCAUUCUGUACAAACAUUUAUUCAAAUAUAUCUUCAAAUAAUACAUCUAA